GUUUAAGGCAGUCUUGCCCUCACAAACAUGGCGGACGCGUUAACGUAUCGCAGCAACGGCUCAAAGCGGCCAAUGAGGCGUCUAGGUAUUUAUAUGUCUAUGCUCGCUACAUCGUAAGAAGAAUGAUCUGUUUCUUUCUUAUUCCUAGGUCACUGUAGCCAGCCAGAUCAGAUGGUCACUGCAGUCACCUUGAUCCAGUCCGGUAAUGACUGGUAAUCGGUAUCGAAAAUCUUAUUUUUUUCAUUGUGCAUUAAUCUCAGUCAAACUGCAGUUGGGUUAUUUUGAUUAGAUAAAAAAAUAAAUAAAAAAUAGAGCUAACUUACACAAUAAAAACAUGAUAACAUAAUAAAAAAUAUAAUUUUUGAAAAAAAAAACAGUGUUAUGUUUUUGGAAAUAAACCCUUCAUAUACAGUGUGAACUAGUGAAACCACUUUAAUUACGACAUUGCAUUACCCUUUAGAAAACAGAUCCAUAAGAGUGAUAAUGAACAAACUGUAAAUCUGGACACAGUUUUCAGUCCUACAAAAAAGACUAAUAAUUAGGAUGCAGUUUUUACCGCAGUGUUUUUAUGUCGUAGUCCUGAUUCCUUGUAACUUAUAAUCUUGGAUUGUUUGUCUGAGACUGACAUUUAGUAAACAUAAAAUUAUCAGUAAUCCCUAUUCUAGUCCAGGAGAGUCACAUUCCCACAGAGUUUAGUUUGAUCUUUAAUUAAAGACACCUGAAUCAACAAGCCAAGGUCUCUAUAUUUACUUUAAUAACAGCUAGGUGUGUCGAGUAGGAAUGAGGAAUCAGCUUUACAUACUCGCAGACAAACCUGUUUUACAAACGUCACUCAAACACAAAAGCAGGAAACAAGAAUCACCUGAGUUCAGAGAAAGAGAAACUGAAGUCCAGUUGAGCUCUCUGUCUCUGUAUUCAUGCAGUAAAAUGGCAGAAGCUAGAAUUUCUCAGGCUGAGUUCACGUGUCCAGCUUGUCAGGAUCUCCUGCAGGAUCCAGUGGCCAUUCCCUGUGGACAUAGUUACUGUAAGAGCUGUAUUACAGGCUGCUGGGAUCAGGAGGAUCAGAAAGGAGUCUACAGCUGCCCUCAGUGCAGACAGACCUUCAGUCCAAGACCUGCUUUAGCUAAAAUCACUGUGCUGGCUGAAGUGGUGGAGAAACUGAAGAAGACCAAACUAACUGCUGACUGUUACGCUGGAGCUGGAGAUGUGCAGUGUGAUGUCUGUACUGGAAGAAAAUACAAAGCCGUCAAGUCCUGUCUGGUGUGUCUGAACUCUUACUGUCAGAAUCACCUCGAACAACAUGAGAGUUUCUUUAAAGGAAAGAAACACAAAGUGACUGAUGCCACUGGACGACUGCAGGAGAUGAUCUGCCAGAAACAUGAGAAGCUUCUUGAGGUUUUCUGUCGCACUGACCAGAAAUGUAUAUGUGUGCUGUGUGCGAUGGAUGAACAUAAAAACCAUGACACUGUAUCAGCUGCGACACAGAUGAAAGAGACACAGCACCAGCUGAAGGAGAUGCAAAAGACUUUCCAGCAGAGAAUCCAGCAGAGAGAGAAAGAUCUUCAAAAGCUGAGAGAAGCUGUGGAGUCUCAUAAGCGCUCUGCACAGACAGCAGUGGAGGACAGUGAGAGGAUCUUUACUGAGCUCAUCCGCUCCAUUGAGAGAAGCCGCUCUGAGCUGAUACGACUGAUCAGAGAUCAGGAAAAGACUGCAGUGAGUCGAGCUGAAGGACAACUGGAGCGACUGGAGCAGGAGAUCAAUGAUCUGAGGAGGAGAGACACUGAGCUGGAGCAGCUUUCACACACACAGUAUCACAUCCUGUUCCUGCAGAGUUUCCAGUCUCUCUCAGCACCUCCUGAAGCUACAGACGUAAAUGAUGAUCCCUUCAGUUCUCUCGUCUCUUUUGAUGCCCUGAGAGAAUCUGUCCGUCAGCUGAGAGACAAAGUGGAGGAUUUCUGCAAAGAGGAGCUCAAGAAGAUCUCAGACAGAGUUGCUACUACCACAGGUCCCUCUGCGUGCUACAACCAGUCUCCAGCAUAUCCUCAGAUUUCAUCCAAAAAAACUGAUCUCAUAACUCCUUCUACAGCAAAGGUGAAACCUAUAGAGGAACUCAAAGGCUCUGCUCCAGUGGCUCCUCCAGCCAAACUGUUUUCUUUUGGACUGUCUGGAGUUUCUGCUGAGAACACCGCCAGUGCUGAUGUCAGCUUGAAGGGCUUCACAUCUAGAUCUCAAAAACCAGUUUCUUUUGGGUUUGGAUUGAAGGAUGUUGUGGUGACAUCUGCUGGCUCUGGAGCUCAGGCCGAGAAGAAAACAAUUCAGGCUGAUGCACCACAACACAAGAAAGUGUCAGCAGCUCCAGCGGUCCCAUGUGACACUGCCCCUUGCAGCACUGAAAAAAGUAAUGCAACACCGCAAAGAGGGUUAUUUCUGGCUAAAAAAGAUGGACAGUGGGAUUGUGACACUUUCCUUGGAGAAAAUAAGGCUACACCUAGCCACAGCAUUUUGGGUCAGACGGCAAAACCAAAUAUGAAAAACAAGACCUCUGCUGCUCCGUCAAGUUCCUCUUUUACCUCCAGUUUUGGUAGCUCUGUCUGCCAACCUGCUGCGACAGCAUUUAAAGCCAAUCCAGCCAAUGCUUUUCAGUUCAGUACAAGAACUGAUAAAGCAUCCUUAGAAGGCUUCAAGACUGAGUCCUCUACAACUGAGGCUGAAAAGUCAUCAAGCAGUUCAAAUUUUUCAUUUUCCAUGCCAGUGUCUGUUGAUGUAUUCAACUCUGGUAUUGCAAAAUCUGAGGCAAAAACAUCAGACAAACAGUCACAAAAUGGAUCUACAUCAGACCUCCUCAAAAAUGUUGCUGAAGUUCACAAAGAGGAAGAAAAAGAGGCAGCUCCAAGUUCCUCAGAUCAGUCUGUAGAUGCUUGCGGUCACAAUAAUAGUCCCUUUAAUACUGCUGAAGGUUCUGAAAGCGCAUUGAGGAAUCUGAAGGGAAAGCCGUAUGUGGAUGGAGCUGAUGGAGCAUCUGAUCAUUCAGGUCUUUCUUCUGGAUUUGCAUCUGCAAGUUUGUUUUCAUUUGCAGACUUGACCAAGAGUACAGAGGAAUUUGCAUUUGCCAAAAAAGGUCAGUGCCUAAUAAUUGUCUUCUGACAAUAAAUAGUGUUU